AUUUUCUCAGAUCAUUUAAGUAUGCUUGGUUGGCGUAGAUUUGUAAUGUUAAACUUUAGAUUCUCCGGUAACGUCAGUUUGCGUCGAUCCGAGUGGACGAUUGUUGGUCAGCGGACACGAGGACGCUUCGAUUAUAUUUUACGAUAUACAGGGUUCAAGAGUUGUUCAGCUUUUCCGACCGCACACGGAUGACGUGCGAACCGUACGGUUCAGUCCAGGCACUUAUUACCUUUUAUCCGGAUCCUACGAUAAACAGGUUAUUAUUACGGACAUGAGAGGAGACUUGAUGGAACCGCUCAAGUAUCUUCCUGUGGCGCAACACGAAGACAAAGUGAUUCAGUGCCGAUGGCAUCCACACGAUUUUACGUUCAUCAGCACCAGUGCAGAUCGCAGCAUGAUUCUUUGGGCACUUCCUCCUCCGAAUGUGUCCUAA